AUGGUCGGUGGUUCCGAUGGUGGAGAAUGGCUCGGCGGUGGAACAUGGCUCGGCGGCAUUCUGUCUGUGUUGAGUCUCAUCCCCGCCACCCAAUACGACUUCAUCUUUUCUUUUACUCUCGACGUCUGCCGCGUCGUCGGCGGAAGGAAGCCCAUGCCGACCGUCGUCGACCUUCUCUUAGACUGGGAGGCCGUCGCCGCCGCCAGUCUCAAUUCGGUGGUCAAUGGCGUACGCGAGCGUCGCCGGUGGUUCCAGUUCGGAUCAACCUUUUCAUCCCCCUACACAGUCGCGAAUUGGAUUUCAAUGUCGCAGAGCCAUAUCCGUCUAGGCGGCGUUUGUCCGGUCGGCAGGGAGAAUGUUUCGGACAGUCAGGUGACUGCAUACAUAAGCAAAAUGGGCAACCACAAGUCGGUUCCUCAUUCUGAAGAUAAGAUAUACGAGGCUAACGACAAGUCGGUUGGUGCACUAAGACAUUCGUUAUAG